UUCUAAUUGACAGCACACCUUGUAUAAACCUUGUAUUCUGACAGACCUACCCGCCAACGUGACAGUGGAUAUGUCGGGUGAGGCAUUCAUAGGGGAGCGACACAACCUCACGUGCCACGCAUCCAGUAGCUUUCCUCCACCGGAAGUCACGUGGCUCGUCAACGGUGUGGACAUGACAACAGUCGCAAUCACUGAGAGUACCUUACCCACAGUCGACGGAUACGGAGAGGUGUGGAGUUACCUAACCCUGGAUUUGGACAAGUCCAUGAACGGACGGCUUGCGGAGUGCGUCCUCUCAUACCGGGGCUGGGAUAACGCCGUGAGAGCCACGUUCACCAUACAGACACUGUAUCGAGGUGGCUACGCGAAUUCUGGGACCGUUUUCGACAAUCCUGGCGCUAUCUUGUUCCCCGGAGCUUCCAGCCUCACUUCCGGUACAGAAUCGUCUUUUUCCGGUCAAGGUUACGGUGCCAACCGCACGGCUACGGGGUCACGUGGAAUGUUCCUUAUUCGGUUCCUGAAGCAGUCAGCCACAGAAAACAUCAACUGGGAGCUCCAGCAGUUCCAACCAUAGUCAACCGCCGCCCGGACAGAUUAAACAAUUGAAAUUAGACACAUUACCUCAGUUUUUAUUACAAUUUUCUCCAAAAAAAAAACACCCAUAAAAUUAAAAAAGACAGCAAACAGUCCUCACAUUGAACAGGGGGAAUUUUCAACACCUGUAUUCUUUAAGUACUACGACAACUCAACCCUUGCCCAUUUUCUAACACUUUUAGGUAGAAUAGCAUGUAUUAUAACUAAAUUAUUUAAAUCUCGUUUUGAAUUAUUAACUAUUAUUAGAAAGUACUGUGUGUAUUUUAUAUUAUUCCAAUCAAUCUUGACUGUAAUUGUUUACGUUUGUUUCUGUGUAACCAUAUGUAAUGGACAUAUUUCAUUAUCUUAAAACUUUCUGAAAUGUACAUACUCCUUUACUAUGUCAUCGUCAUUAUAGAAGUGUCUAUUGGCAUAAUGAUUUUAGAUUUUAACAAAAAUAAUCAGUGAGUAAGAUGAUAAUAGGGUAUGUUUUACGUAGCUUUCUUUUGGUUCCCACAAAUAAAAAAAAACACUAAGGAAAACAGUAACCUAUUUCCAAUGCACAAAUGUUAAACGAUUAUGUAUAAUUGCAAUAUGAGGCAGAGCCAUACCUGUUUGAUUUUAAAAAGGAGAUGCAUGAGAACGAACCAAAAAUAAUUAUACAUUAUAAAAAAAUCUCCAUACAUUUAGACAACAUCUUUUUAUAUGAAAAAGCAAUACUUGUUUCAAAAUUUUAUUAUACUUACAAUUCUACUUUAAUGGUUUUUGUUUUAAUAAUUGCGUUUAGUUGUUUAGUAUCUUGGAUUGGUCAGUGUGCCGUUCUAACUGCAAUCGGGGCCAACAUGUUCUUCCAGCCAUCGGUGUCAAUAAUGUUCUGACAGCCAUCGGGGCCAACACUGUUCUGACAGCCAUCGGGGCCAACACUGUUCUGACAGUCAUCGGUGCCAAUACUGUUCUGACAGUCAUCAGAGACAACACUGUUCUGACAGCCAUCGGUGCCAACACUGUUCUGGCAGCCAUCGGGGUCAAUACUGUUCUGACAGCCAUCGGGGCCAACUCUUUUCUGACAGUAAUCGGGGCAAACACUGUCCUGACAGCCAUCGGGGCAACACUGUUCUAAAAGCCAUCGGGACAAACACUGUUCUGACAACCAUCGGUGCCAACACUGUUCUGACAGCCAUCGGUGCCAACAUUGUUGUGUCAGCCAUCGGGACCAACAUUGUUCUGACAACCAUCGGUGCCAACACUGUUCAAACAACCAUCGGUGCAAAUACUGUUGUGUCAGCCAUCGGUGCCAACACUGUUGUGUCAGCUAUCGGUGCCAACACUGUUGUGUCAGCUAUCGGUGCCAACACUGUUGUGUCAGCCAUCGGUGCCAAUACUGUUCUAAAAGCCAUCGGGACCAACACUGUUCUGACAACCAUCGGUGCCAACACUGUUGUGUCAGCAAUCGGGACCAACACUGUUCUGACAACCAUCGGUGCCAACACUGUUGUGUCAGCAAUCGUUGCCAACACUGUUGUGUCAGCAAUCGGUGCCAACACUGUUGUGUCAGCCAUCGGUGCCAACACUGUUGUGUCAGCCAUCGGUGCCAACACUGUUGUGUCAGCAAUCGGUGCCAACACUGUUGUGUCAGCAAUCGGUGCCAACACUGUUGUGUCAGCCAUCGGUGCCAACACUGUUCUGACAACCAUCAGUGCCAACACUGUUCUGACAACAAUCGGUGCCAACAUUGUUCUGACAACCAUCGGGACCAACACUGUUCUGACAACCCUCGGUGCCAACACUGUUCAAAAGGCCAUCGGGACCAACACUGUUUUGACAGCCAUCGGGGACAACGCUGUUCUGACAGCCAUCGGGACCAACACUGUUCUGACAACCAUCGGAGACAACACUGUUGAAUUGUUAUUUGUUUAACAGAUAUUC